UGUCAGGCUCGGCUCGGGUGGGCUCGGCACGGCUCAGCCCGGCCCGGCACGGCCCGCCUGCAUGCGGCGGCGGCGGGGCUGCCGGGCGGGAUGAGCGGCUCGGGAAUGCCGGCGGGGAUGAGCGGCUCGGGAAUGCCGGCGGGGAUGAACGGCUCCUCGGCGGGGAUCCCGGGAGCUCUGCCCGGCCCCGGGGGGUUCCCGGGAGGACCGAACGGCUCCUCGUCGGCGGCGGGGCUGCUGGCGGGGGCCGGGGGAGCGGCGCUGGAGCUGGAGCGGGCGCUGCGCUGCUGCACCGCCGCCUCCGUGGUGACCGACGGCAGCGGCGCGGCCGAGGAGCGCAGCCUGUACAUCAUGCGGGUCGUGCAGAUCGCCGUCAUGUGCGUCCUCGCCCUCACCGUCGUCUUCGGCAUCUUCUUCCUCGGCUGCAACCUGCUCAUCAAGUCCGAGGGGAUGAUCAACUUCCUGGUGAAGGACCGCCGGCCGUCCAAGGAGGUGGAGGCGGUGGUGGUGGGACCCUACUGACCGCCCGGGCCCCCCGGGACAGCGCCCGGCCCCGCCGCGGACACAUCUCCGCCUGGCCUCGGAGCUUCUUUCCUCCUUAAAAACCGUCCCACGGACGAUUCCCGGGAUCCCGGAGGCCCCCGGAGCCGCCCGGCCCGUCCCGUCCGCCCGCGGGCUGCCAAGUAAAACGUGCUCUCAUGGCAACA